CUGGUUCAGAGCGUCCCGGGUGUAUUGAGAGGGCUUGGUUUGGUGUCUUGUGCUCUGAAAUUUCGCAAACACAGUACUUUUUUUCUGCAACCUCCACUGGAGUUAAAGGAUGGAGAAAGGCGCACAGCAGCAGCAGCUGCCCAAAAGCGCAGAGGGUCUGGCGGAAGACCUCUCUAAAAUAAAGGACGAGGAGCUGCUGAAGUGGGGCAAAGAGGAGCUGGUGCGGCGCCUGAGGAGGGCAGAGGCGGAGAAGAGAGGAGUCAUCGUGGAGCACGGAAAUCUGAUGAGGGAGGUGAACCGGAGACUCCAGCAGCACCUCAACGAGAUCAGGAGUCUGAAGGAUGUGAACCAGAAGCUGCAGGAGGAUAACCAGGAGCUGCGGGACCUGUGCUGCUUCCUGGAUGAUGACCGUCAGAAGGGGAAGAAGGUGUCACGGGAGUGGCAGCGUCUGGGCCGCUACAGCGCUGGUCUAAUGAGGAAGGAGGUGGCCAUAUACCUGCAGAAGCUGAAAGAGCUGGAGCAGCGGCAGGUUGAGGUCAUAAGGGAAAAUCUGGAGCUAAAGGAGCUGUGCCUCAUGCUGGAGGAGGAGAGGGCUGCUGCUAUAGCAGGAGGUGGUGUUGGUGGGCAGGGAGGUCCUGGGCGUAGGAGCUCCAUUGACAGUCAAAGCAGCUUGUCUCAGCUGGGUGGAGGCGUGCCUGCACCUGGCCUGCUAAGAGAUGUAGGAGAUGGGAGCAGCACCUCAAGUGCAGGGAGUACAGAUAGUCCAGAUAACCUUAAACCCCCUCCAGUGGGCUCCAACACCAUCCCUGGAUCUGGGUCGAGGUGCAUCUCCUCAGAUCACCACCACAAACCUGGAGAGAUCUGUGAAUCCACAGGCAGGAGGCACAGCUCCACUCCAGAGUACCACACCUUCCCUCAGUCCUGCCGCCCUCGUGGGGGAUCGCUCACCAACCUGGACCCUCGUGGACUAAGAGGACACAGCCCAGAGAAACACAAGUCCCCCACCAGACUACCAUGUGACUCCCACCACCAGCCCUGCAGCUCGGACCUACUAGCCCAGAAACAGCUCUCCAUGUCAGGGCAGGCGUCACCAAGCUGCGGGAAGGGAUCAGCCAAGUCCAGCCCAGACUUGAGUCAGAGACAUAGGCAGGUUCACACAGGGGGGGCCGGCUGUGGGAGUCCUGAUGCCAAACAGGUGGCCAUGGUGACGCCAGAGCACCUCAGGAAAGGACGGGUGAUUGUGGGUAGUCCUGAGUCCAUACGACACCACCAUCACUAUCAGCACAGUCCUGGGGGGGAGCACGGGAGGUUUAGUGGUGGCUCCCCCAGCAGGGACGGAGGCCAGAGGAGGGCGGCAGCAGGAGACGAGAUGGCCCCCCACCACCAGAGUCUGUACAACGCUCUGAUAUCUGCCGGCUGCUGCACCAACUCCUGUAGAAGUGUAAAGCUUUGGGACAGCUUCGAUGCCUCCUGACCAUGACAUGCCUCUUGAUCAGAUGCUGCUUUGACAACACAAACCCCGGAGAGGGAAGAAAAGGAUACCAGUGGGAGAGCGAUUGGAUCAAUGCAUAACUUGAUGGAUUAACGAUCCUGAAAUUCAAA